UUUCUACUAGCACUGAUACUGUUACUACUUCUAUUCUGGUUUUUUUUUUAAUAGUUUCAUUUUGCUGUGCUAAUAUGGUAUAACAACUUGAGCCAUUGUAAUUGUAUGUUAAGUUCAAAUCGCUUAUGACUGGUCGAUUAAGAUCUAUCUGUACUUGGUUAUUGAAUUUAGAGAAAUAGUUUUAAUCAACAUGAAAUCACUUUCCAUGGACUCAUUAUAAACGAUCAUAAAGAAUAAAGUUUAUGAUUAAAUUACAAUGAAAGGUUCAUUUGAAUUAACAGUUUACAAAUUACUGAUCCAGAUUUCCAUUUUUAGAAUAAGUUAUAAUUUGUUUCAAGUAAUAUCUACGUAUAUUUUUUGGUAGUGUUCUUAAAUCAUCAUGUAUAAUUUUUUAUUAUUUAUUGUAUUUUAAAUGAUUCAAUUCUUUUGUAACAAAUUGUUGAUUUUUUUAAAAACAACAACAACAAUUAGUUCUGAUAGUCUGUUGAACGGAAAAUGUGACAGUUCUUUGUCGAAAUCAACUACACAAGUAUCAGUAGCAGCAGUAGCUAAAUCAUUGGUUCUACCUGGAUCUAAACAACAAUUACCUAACUAUCAAGAAUCUAAUUUACCUACUAAUAAUACAUCAUUAAUACGUAAAUUAUCAGCUCCUAUAGGACCACAUCAUAUUCUAUCAAAUCAUACUGCUACAAUACAUCUACGUAGAGGAUAUAGUUUAAAUAAACCUAAAAUGGAUAAUAAUGUUAAUGAUGAUGAUAAACGUGUCAAUCAAAAAUUAAAUGAAGGUGGCGUUGUUGAAGGUUGUGUCGUCAUUAAAGAGACUGUUAGCGACGAAGAUUUAAAUCAUUCAAAUUUUCGACAUUCUAUAAAUACACUCACUGAUCAUGUACCAUCAUCAAGUUCUUUAUCAGUUAUAUCAGUAGAUAGUCCUGAAGAAGAAGGCUCUUCAGCUGCUUCUGAUUCACUAGUAUGUAAUCAAACGAUCGAAGGUCAACCGUCAGGUCAGCAACAACAACAACAAACAAUACCACUUACAUCAGCACAAAAUAUCCCAUUAAUGAAUAAACAAUUUUAUCAGCAACACUUGCAGUACAGACAACAAUCCAUUUCAGAUCAACCUAUGACAACGUUAACUCAACAACCACUUUACCAACGAGAUUAUGAACAACAACAGCAGAUCCAACAAUUACAAUUUUCUCAUUCAACAAGACCUCCUCAUCUACAAAUGAAUUCGAUGCCAAUAUAUCAUCAUCAACAGCCUAUAGGAUUGUAUCAAAAUUAUCUACGGUCAGUUGGACCUAGAAAUCAAUUAUACAACAUUAUUGAUAGUCAACAACAACAACAACAACAACAACAACAAAUCAACUCAAUGUCUCGAUUAGAUCCAACGCAAUCAUUUUUUUCGCCUACACCAUCACCUACACCAAGUAAGAAGAAAUCGCGUAUGCUAUCUGGUACAUUUGGUCGAUUAUUUCGGCGUAAUCAAUCAAGUAAUAUAAGUGGCAAUAGCGGUGUUGGUAUUGUCAGUGGACCAUAUGAUAUGGCACAAUAUUCACAAAAUUAUUAUCCUAUACCAAAUCAUAUUAAUCAAUCAAUGCGAAUAUCAGCUUCACCACCGAUACGUCUUGGUUCACCAAUGAUACAUACAUCAACCACUAAUAACAAUAAUAGUACUACUAACAAUAAUAAUAGUAAUAACAAUAAUAUUCGAUAUUCUAUGCAACAACAACCUAUGAGUCCACAGCCGAUAGCUGUCGGUUCAGGAGGACAUCAAUCACUAUCAUUGCCAUUACCACCUCCUCCUCCUUCAGUACAGUAUCAUCCGUCAAUAACCAAUCAAGCUCAAAUUAUGCAGCAACAACAGCACCAACUCCUUAUAGAACAACAACAACAACAGCAACAACAGAUGUAUCAGUUUAGGCAACGACAACAAGGUUUGGAAUAUGAUGAUGGGUGUAAUGGACCAAAUCUUAUUACUGGAGGAUCUAUAUCACCACUUUCGUCAUCCACUGUGUCAGGAAGUCUUUCUGAAUCAACUAUUCCAUCAAAUAGCAGAAUAAUGAGUCCAAAUCCUAUGUCUUUGACUAUGGGUAGUAGUGGUGGUCAACUGGCUAAUACAACACUACCACCACAAGUCCCUGAAGAACGUCGACGGUGGAAAAAGGAGGAGUUAUUAGAACAAGCUAUGAUGGCUAGAUUACCAUUUGCACAAUGGAAUGGCCCUACAGUAGUAGCAUGGCUUGAGCUUUGGGUUAGCAUGCCCGCUUGGUAUGUAGCUGCUUGUAGAGCGAAUGUUAAAUCCGGUGCAAUAAUGGCAUCAUUAUCUGAACAAGAAAUACAACGUGAAAUCGGUAUUAGCAAUCCAUUGCAUCGACUUAAACUACGUUUAGCUAUACAAGAAAUGGUUGCUUUAACUUCACCAACUCCAGUUCCUAAACCUAGUACAAGUCGUCUUGCGUUUGGUGAUAUGAAUCAUGAAUGGGUUGGCAAUGUAUGGCUUCCUAGUCUUGGUUUAGCCCAAUAUCGUCCAGCGUUUAUGGAAUGUUUAGUUGAUUCACGGAUGCUUGAUCAUUUAACUAAACGUGAUUUAAGAACACAUUUAAAAAUGGUUGACAAUUUACAUAGAACUAGUUUAUUAUAUGGCAUCGUUUGUUUAAAACGCUUAAAUUAUGAUCGAUUGGAAUUAGAACGUAGACAACGUGAAGCUGCUCAUCCUGAUAGUAUUGAUUUAUUAGUUUGGUCAUGUGAACGUGUUCAAGGUUGGUUAGACGAAAUCGGUCUAAAAGAAUAUGCACCGAACUUAAAUGGAUCUGGCGUACAUGGUGGUGUGAUCGGUUUACAUCCAGAUUUAAAUCCUCAACAAUUAGCCUUAACAUUACAAAUACCUACAUCAAAUACGUCAGCUCGUGCUAUAUUAGCUAAAGAAUUAACUCAACUUGUACAACGUUUUCGUGCCAAUGUACCAAUUGCAGCGGCUAGUAUUGGACCAGCUCCAAGAGUACUAGCAAUGGAAGCCGCUGCUGUUGUUGCAGCUAAUAGAGCUCGUGCGAAAUUUGAGGGUCAAGAUAUUUGUUAUCCAGAUGACGGAUUUAAUGAAACAGCUAUUACUAACGAUUGUGAUGGGGUAGAGCAAAUUGAGGAUAGAGCUACACCUACAAAUAUUUCUGAACGAAAUCUCAAAGAUACACAAAGAACUCAAUUAGAAUUAUCUAAUUCUAACUCAGAUAAAAUUGGUGGCACCAAAACAACCGACAUAUUAUCAUCAUCAUCUGAUCUCGGAUUAGAUUGUUCCAUCACUAUAAAUAAUACUCCUACUAGUACUAAUGUUAGUAAUGCAGCUCCUCAUAGUAGUAAUACUUCUACUGGACCUUCCACUACAGUAUCACAAAAGAAACGAGCUCCUCAGGUACCUACUGUUAGUGUGAGUAUUACUAAUACAACUCCUUCUCUAACAAGCACUACAACUCCAGUAACAAAUAAAACAACCACAUCUUGAACAAUCUUCAGUAUGAUUUAUUUAUUUGACACGUUUUCUUUUUGCACUAACAUCUACAACACAAGAAGAAGAAUGUUCAGUAUUCAAUCACAAUGAAUUUCUUUGUUGAGCAAUAACUGUUCAAAUCCUAUUACUAUUAUGAUUAUUAUUACUGUUUACAAAAAAAUGAAAGUAAGUCAGAUAGACCCGAUAUUGAGUUGAAUAAUAUAGUAUAAUGGUUAAUCAUAAUUUUAAUGUUAUAAUCAGUGGAAACUUCGAGUCAAAUUAAAUAUGUAAAACAGAACCGUUAUCUUCUUUCCUAAUUCCUCUUGCUCUCCCUCUCUAAAAUACCUGAUCGAAGAUGAUGUGUAAUAUUGUCAUUAUUCCAUCGAGUUACACCAAUAGUAAAUACUAUCUCUUUUCUGAAUUUACCCUUUCUUUUAAAUGAUGAAAAGAUUACUAGUUAUUCCUACCUAAAUUAUUAUCUCAUUUGAUAUUUUAUGCCUUUUUUGUUUUGUUUCUUUGUUGCCCCAUUGUAUACAUGUUUUACUUUUUCUUUAUUGUUCAAUGUUCUUUUCCAGUUGGUUUUUUUUUGUUUUUAAAACAAUUUUGAUCUCAUGAUUUAUAUGCGUUUAAUGUUUUUUUCUUUUUUGUGGUUAACUCGUAUCUUUUAAUUUCAUCAGUUAACUUAUAUUAACAUAUACACAUAUGUGUGUAUAUUAUCAAAUUGAUAAUAUUAUUCUGAUGUAUUUGAAAAGGAUCUAAUGAAUGAACAAGGAGAG